UCAGGUUUAAGACUGCCAUUUCGCUGCUCUGGAAAGGCAGCUUUGUUAAAUAAAAGUGUGCUGCCCCUCAGUGCAGCAAUUAAAAGAGGGUAUACAGACAGCUCGACUGAGCUUCUACAAGUUGAAAAAGACCCUGAAAAUGAAGCUGUAGCAAUUUUACGGCUGAAUCGUCGACCUGUAAAUGGACUUAAUAAGCAGCUUCUCAAUGAUCUAAGCAUCACUUUAGAAAAACUGCAGAAUGAUAAAACCUACCGUGGUAUCAUUUUGACCUCUAUGGUGCCUAAUAUAUUCUCAGCUGGUUUAGAUAUAACAGAAUUCUAUCAAAAGAAACCUGAAGAAACUGACGCCUUUUGGAGAACCUUGCAAGAUGUUUUUCUUAGACUUUAUGGUUCGAAACUGGUUACCAUAGCAGCAAUAUCGGGGCACAGUCCAGCAGGUGGUUGUCUACUGGCGAUGGCGUGUGACUACAGGGUAAUGGCCACUGGUAAAUACACGAUUGGUCUCAAUGAAACUUUAUUGGGAAUCAUAGCUCCAUUUUGGUUCAUUGAGACGAUGAAAAACACGAUUGGACAUAGAGAAACUGAGAAAUCCUUACAGCUUGGUAAACUUUACAGUCCAGAGCAAGCAGAAAACAUCGGAUUAGUAGAUCAAAUCUGUCCUCCAGAUGACGUGUUAGGAUGUGCUAGAAAAGAAAUGGUAAAAUGGCUAAAGAUACCAGACCAUGCAAGGAUCCUGACUAAGCAGCUGAUGAGGAAUGAACUUAUUAAUAAUCUGUCUUCUAAGAGAAAAGAGGACAUUUAUAACUUCACUUCGUUUGUACAGAAAGAUUCCAUUCAAAGAUCACUAGGAUUGUAUUUGGAAAGUCUAAAAAAGAAAAAAAGCUAAAUAAACAGACAUCGUUAUUCCUGCCAUCUA